AUGAUUCCCACCAAGCAACUCAGUCUGACAGGUCUGGUCUGGCUCAGCCUUGCGAACCAGGGACUUGCCUUAGAGAUCGACCAAAACUCUAAAGAUCUCAACCUUGUACAGAGAGACCCUCUCCCCAGCGGUAAUCUCAAGGUUGGUCUUGCUCCAGGCCAGAAGCUACCGAAAGUCCCCAGGGACGUGAAGGUAGCUCUCGCCCCAAACCAGAGAAUGCCCAAGGCCAAGCACCACCGCCACCCAAAGCGAGAUGAGGAGGAGCUCGAGAUUCGCCAGCCUAUUCUCCCCCAUGGAAAUCGCCGCUCUAGAUUCGGUGGCCGGAUGAGCCGCGGUGGUCAUAAACUGCGGGAUAUUGAAGAGCGCGACCUCGACCUCGAGGUCCGCGAGCCUAAGACCUUCCACGCUGGCCGCCGUGCUGGUCAUCGACAUGGCCCCCGGAAUGUAGACGAGCUUGAUGGGCGUGACUUGGAGGAGCGCAAGAUCUCCGCCAAGGGUGUCGCUAAGGGCAUUGGUAAAGUUGCUAAGGGGGCCCUCGGCCUCCUCUUCCGCGAUAUUGAUGAGCGUGACAUCGACGAGCUGGAGCUUGAGACCCGAUCCCCUAUAUUUUUGCCCGGAAAGCACUCUCAUAACAAGGCUGACAACAAGCCACGAGACCUUGCAAUUCGCAGACACAAGUCCGGUUAUCUUCGCACACCGCGAGAUCUCGAGACCCGAGCUCGCCGCCGCCGAGGAGGCCGUCGUCAUGGACGACACUCAACACAGUGA